AUGCGUGAAGAUACCGGCCCAGGACUCGUGCAACCCACGCUUCCGACAAAUGCCAACUUGAAGCUUAAGGGCCACAUACUCGCACAACUUAAGGAACUCCCAUUCUACGGUAAGGAUUACGAAGAUGCGUACAAACAUCUAGAAGAGGUCAACGACAUAGCCGACUACUUCAAUGUUCCAAAUGUGGCUCGCAAAACUGUAUUUGCUUCGUAUGUUACCCGUUACAUUCAAGGGGGACGUGAGAGAUUGGCUAAAAUCACUUCCUCCCAGAUCCAUUACUACUCCGACAAGAUGAAAGAAGAAUUCAUUGAUCAAUUUUGCCCACCCUCAAAGAUAGCGAAGUUGAAGAAAGCCAUAGCCAACUUUGAGCAACAAUCUGGAGAGUCACUUUAUGAGGCAUGGGAAAGAUACAAGAGUUUGUUGAGGAACUGCCCACAUCAUGAUCUGAACAGUCAACAAGAAGUCUCCAUUUUCCAUGAUGGAGUAAAUGUGACAACUAGGCAGCUCCUUGAUUCUCAAGGACCACUUACAAAGAAGGCACCCCCGAUGAUAAAACAGCUAAUUGAAGAAUUCUCUAAGCACUCUAGAGAAUACCAUAAUCCAAGGAAUGAAUUAGCAAAGGGAUCGGUUAAUGCUGCUUCGGAGGAUAUGGCGGCAGUUUUGGCAAUGUUGGACAACAUGGAUAGGCGAAUGACUAAGAUGGAUCAAACAAUCCAUGUUAUUCGGGUUGGGUGUGAAAAUUGUAACGGGCCUCAUUUGACUAGAGAUUGUGACCUUGAUGAAAAUGGAAACCGGAUGGUUCAAGCUUUCUACUCGAGCAGUGAUCGUUUUGAUGACAAUUGGAGAAAACCCAAGAAAAAUUGGAUACCUUAUGAAGAAUACGAAAAGGCUAAGGAAGAGAGAUAUGAACAAAAAAAAGAGGAACCACAAGCUGAAAAGAAAUCUGACUUGGAAAAUAUGAUUACCCGAUUUAUAGCCGCUUCCGAAAAAAGGCACGAAGGAGAUGAAGCAGCAAUAAAAGAACAACAAGUAUUCAUGAGGGAACAACAAGAGACAAUGAGAAAUACACAAGCACUGGUUAGAAAUCAACAAGCUUCAAUCCUCACUAUAGAGAAGCAACUCGGGCAACUAGCGAGCCAAUUAAAUGAAAGAUCACCGGGAGCACUUCCGGGAAAUACUAAACAAAAACCCGAGAGGAGCUCACAUUCAAGCCAUCACCACUAG